AUGGGCUCUAAAACACCAGAGAACGAGAGCCAAGGAGGUGGCAAUGCUCCUUCCAGCUCAAUCAAGCCCAAGGUCAGUGGUGGCGAACCACGGGGCGCCCAUUGGUCCCGGGAUGGCGAUGGCGCACUCGGAGACGGUGAUGGCGAUGACGAUGCCGACGGUGACGUGAUGCCCUGCACUGUUACUCUGUCGUCGAACUCGCAAACUGCAGAGUCGGCAAACUCGAAGAAGAAACGGAAGAAGCCCAAGAAGAAGCCCAAGAAGAAGUCGUCUAUGUUGAAGCAAACUUCACCACCACGAAUUCCUCUUGCCGAACUAUUCCCCGAACACCAGUACCCGCAUGGUGAAGCCCAACGCUAUGAUGGAAUGGUCGAAAAUACCGUCCGCACGACGGCCGAGGAGGUUCGAUACCGGUCCCGUCGCCACAUCGAAGAUGACACCUUUUUGAAUGACUAUCGGAAGGCUGCCGAGGUACAUCGCCAAGUCCGGAACUGGACUCAGGAAAGCGUCCGUCCAGGUCAGACCCUCACUGAAAUUGCAGUGGGCAUCGAGGAUGGCGUGAGAGCAUUGCUUGAUAAUGCCGGCCUUGAUACUGGGCAGGGUCUCGUAUCCGGGCUCGGAUUCCCUACAGGAUUGUCGUUGAACAACUGUGUUGCACACUAUACACCUAACCCAGGACAGAAGGAUGUACUACUUGACUCAAGCGACGUCAUGAAGGUCGACUUUGGCGUUCACAUCAACGGAUGGAUUGUGGACAGUGCUUUCACUAUGUCGUUUGACCCGACCUAUGACAAUCUGCUGGCCGCUGUCAAGGACGCAACCGAUACUGGCAUUCAGAAUUCUGGUAUCGAUGUCCGCAUCAGCGACGUAAGCGCUGCCAUCCAGGAAGCGAUGGAAAGCUACGAGGUGGAAAUCAAUGGACGGACAUUUCCUGUUAAAGCGGUCCGUAAUAUCACGGGUCAUAACAUCGAUCAAUAUCGUAUCCAUGCCGGGAAGUCUGUACCCUUUGUCAAGCAUGAUGACAACACAAAGAUGGAAGAGGGGGAGAUAUUUGCCAUCGAGACAUUCGGGACAACCGGUCGUGGCUAUUUGUUUGAUGGGCCUGGUGUCUAUGGUUAUGGUAAAGAUCCAUUUGCACCUAAAAAGAUCGUAUCGCACCUCGCCAGCGCCAGAUCUCUCUAUCAGAAGAUCAACGACAACUUUGGCUCACUAGUGUUCUGCCGCCGAUAUCUUGAACGCCUUGGCGUCGAGCGUUAUUUGGCCGGUAUGAACAACCUUGUGUCUAACGGAUAUGUCGAGCUUUACCAGCCUUUAAUGGACGUCAAAGGGUCAUACUCCGCUCAGUUUGAACAUACCAUCUUACUGCGAGAAUCAUGCAAGGAAGUCAUCAGUCGCGGAGAUGAUUAUUAA